AUGCCUCCAAAAAGAAAACACACGGACGAUGCCCCUGACGACUCCAAACACUACGCCUAUCUCAAACCUCACGUCCGUCGCGUCCCAGAGAAGACCAUCAAGUCGAAAUGGGCCCCUCUACCGGAACCCGUCCAGGAAAAGGUCAAGGCCAUGUUCCACUCCCUCGAGCGACCGGUGAUAAUGCGGAAUCAAAAUGAGCGCAAGCGCAUUGAGGCGCAGGGCGCCGUGCAAGCGGUCGUGCGAAAUUUAGGCAAACGACUCCCCCGAAUGCCGUUUCCGCCUAUAACGAAGGAAUCCAACUUCGACUACGAAUCUGCGCUGAAUGAGCACCGCUCCCUCGAGGGCCAAUUGGCCACGAUGAAUGAUAGUGUCGAUCUACUUAAAGCCGAGAUUGCGAAAGAAGAAGCGCUCCUUGCUGCUGAAACAAAGUCGCUUCAGGAAAUGGACAAGAAUGCCAAACGGGCCGAGGCUGAAAGGAAACGACAGUCUAAGAAUGAACACCCCGUGCUCCGACAGUUAGAUGCACUUCCUCAAACCGAGGGUUUUGGAUCCUCGGAGUUCACGCUUCUUGGCGCAAAAGAUAGCCAAGUGACACUGGAUGAGUUGGACACUGACCCCGAAGUCCAAGGACUGAUGAAACAACUGCAUGGCCAUCUUCAAUCUAUCCAAAACAAUACCGCCCCAUUCGCCGGACUCGGGGAUGCCAUCACUCGAUCACAAGCUGCCUUGGAUCUAUACUCGAUGCCUAACGACUGA